AUGUCUUCAAGGACUAUCUUCCUCAUGGGUGCUCCCACGUUUUCGAGUUUACGAUGGGAUGAACGAGACUUGCUCAGCGAAUCUUUACCUCCCUUCGAAGACUCUAAGGGAUGCCGUGAGAGAUUCGGAGUGUUUUCAGGUAGCACGCCGGUCAAAUGGAGAUUAUUGUCAGCACCAAUUGUCCCAAAGACUACUCAAAGCAAGCCCUCCCAGGUGAUGACUGGAGAGACCCGGUUCUUUACUACCCAUGACCUCGCCACUUCGGUUGGCAAAUGCGCAUCCGAGCAAGAGGAUUCAGAACUCUCUCAGUUCUACGACCAUUCCUUUACAGUUCAUGAAACUUCGGAGGUAUCUGCACCAAGCGCCCUCUCCGGAGAGUCUGCAUUAGACAGUGGUCUGUGGACUGUAAGCACAGAUACCUCCAUUGCGACAAGCGACGAGAGAGAAAUUCCUGCUGCGAGGCCACAUAUUCAAGGCGGCAUUACGGAUCUUAAAGAUAUACCCAAUACAGUAUAUCUUAACUCUAUUGUGCCACAAACCAUGACGGUAAAUCUCGUCGUUGCCAUCAUUGAUAUCCGCUCUCCGCGUCGUGUCAUAACGAAACACUGGAAGAGAGAAUUAGAUUUAGUUGAAGUGGUGGUAGGGGACGAGACUAGAGCGGGAUUUGGAGUUACUUUCUGGCUUCCUCCGGCGGACGAGAAUGCGGUCAACACUCGUGGAUGCGGCGAUGGGGCCGGAGAAGAGCUUCGAGCGUCACUGAUGGCACUUCGCCCGCGGGAUAUUGUUCUUCUACGCAACGUAGGACUAAGUUGUUUCCAGGACCGAGUAUAUGGGCAGAGCCUAAGGAGGGGAUAUACCAAAAUCGAUCUGCUGCACCGCCAGCAAGUGGACGCAACUGACACAGGCGGGAUCUAUAGGAUACGGGACAUUCUUAGCCAUCCUGCCAAGGACGAUGAUCUGCCGCUGGUGAAGGUGCGAAAGGUACACGAGUGGAUCAGACGAUUUGUUCCGGAUUCAGCAGGCGGUGGUAGCAACGGUCCAAGGAUGACGACUUUGCCUCCUGAUUCACAGGACGGGUCGUUAUAA